UUUAUGUCUUUCUAUAACAUUAAUCUCACUCUCACUAUUCCCCUCUCAAGGUGUAAUAAUCACUCAAAGAAAUCUGAAGCAACAUAUAUUCGCUUUGACUCUAAACACAGUCCCAAUUAAGCUUAACCAUGUCAGAUCAAAGCCAUCAAACUUCACCACCAUCUCAAACCAUUGAUCCUUACAAACAUCUUAAUAUCAUUCGAACCUCCAACAACACAAUCACUCGCCUACACCAAGUUCCAUACACUUCCCCUUCAUCUGAUCCAACACUUCCAAUCACAGUUCUCACCAAAGACAUCACAAUCAACCAAACAAACAAAACAUGGGUUAGAUUAUUCCUACCCAACAAACCAAUUUCCAAUGAUCAUCACAAACUACCUCUCAUUGUUUUCUUUCAUGGAAGUGGAUUCAUAGUAGCAAGUGCUGGUUCAACUAUGUUUCAUGAUUUCUGUGUGAAAAUGGUUGAUGAGAUUGGUGUUUUUGUUGUCUCUGUUGAGUACCGUCUUGCACCGGAGCAUCGUUUACCUGCAGCAUAUGAUGAUGCUAUGGAGGCUUUGUUUUGGAUAAGGAAUAGUGAUGAUGAGUGGUUGAGAUGUUAUGUUGAUUAUUCUAAGUGUUAUCUUAUGGGAAAAAGUGCUGGUGCUACCAUUGCUUACCAUGCAGGUCUACGGGCAGUAGAAGUUGUGAAGGAUCUUGAGCCACUUAAGAUUCAAGGGUUAAUAUUGCGCCAACCAUUCUUUGGUGGGAAAGAAAGAACCAAAUCUGAAUUGAAGCUUGAGAAUGAUCAAAUCCUUCCAUUAUGUGUUACUGAUUUAAUGUGGGAGUUAGCACUUCCAAUAGGUGCUGAUCGUGAUCAUGAGUAUUGCAAUCCAAGGGUUGGGAAUAGUUUUGAAAAGUUUGAUAAGAUAAGGGACCUUGAAUGGAAAGUGUUGGUGAGUGGAAAUGGUGGGGAUCCAGUGGUUGAUCGUGAGAAAGAGUUGGCACAAUUGAUGGAGGAAAAGGGUGUUCAUGUUGUGAAAGACUUUGAUGAAGAUGGUUGUCAUGGAAUAGAGUAUUAUGAUCCAUUGAAGGCUAAGAAAUUGAUUGAGUUAAUUAAGGGUUUCAUUUCAUAAUAUGGUUUGGCAAGGCUAAUAUGGUGAGAAAGAUAUGUAUUUUAUCUCUCAAAUAAAAUGUGUGUUUUAUGUUUGCUCUCUGUUGUAGACAUUAUUGUGAUAUCAGUAUCACUAAUAUAAUAAUAUUCGAUAUUAUAAUAA